AAGUAGGCAUCUAAUUGCCAAAGGAAAAGAUAAAUCACCAACAGAAAAAUUCUCACGACGUAUGCUUUCAGGUCGUAUGAUGUAAGAAACCAAUCAAAUUCCACUUGCGAAAACUGAAUUUUGGGGACACCGUAGUCUUAUGUCUCUUCUCUGAUAUACCGUGAAUAAAAUAAAGUCCUUUAAGAUUGCUGUAGAAUUUCUGGCAACAGUAUAAUUAUUAUGAAAACAAAACAAACAUGGCUCCGACCAUUGUAUUUUCUUCGUCUGUAAUCAAGAGAAAUUUGUUUUAUUUGUAUCAACAACUUACUGCUGCUCUGAAUAAUAGUAGUGUCGUCGUAAAAUUUAUAUGUUUGAUAAAUAUAGUUUUCUACUUUCUUUCAUUCAGUGAGACCGCUGUUAAGAUAAUAUGUGUUACACCAGGAUUUAUAAUUCCUCCAAAUUUCUGGGUGUGGACUGCUUUUACCCAUUGUUAUUUAGAAACUAGAUUGUGGAUGCUGUUGGUUGACAUUAUAACGGUAGGAUUAUGUGGAAAACUUUUGGAACCAUUAUGGGGAGCGAUGGAAAUGUUGACGUUUUUCGCACUUGUGAAUACAUCAGUUGCAUUUUUGUCAGUUAUGUUUUACAUUGUUGUUUUCACCAUUACUUCCGAUCCUCGAUAUUUGUUUUCUGUACAAAUCCAUGGUUUAGCUGGAUAUUGUGCAGCUGUGUCGGUUGCUGUUAAACAGAUAAUGCCAGAUCAUGUGUUGCUGUCUCUUCCUUGUGGCAAAGUAAGGAACAGAAAUGUACCUGUUAUUGUUCUUCUGUUAAGUCUUAUUUUAUGGCCUUUAGGAGUCAUUAAGGGAACUUACCCUGUGAUGUUUACUUCGGGUUUGUUGUCUUCAUGGGUAUACCUGAGGUUUUAUCAGCAUCACAGCAAUGGAACUGCUGGUGAUAUGGCAGAUGGUUUUACUUUUGCUAGCUUCUUUCCUUCUAUUAUGCAACCCCCGCUGAUAGUUAUUUCAAAUGCUGUUUUUGGAUUUCUAGUAUAUAUUAAGCUUUGUAAAAAGCCAAUUCGCAAGUAUAAUUUAGCUGCUUCAACAUCAGUGAUCCUGAACAUUCCUGGCACAGAACCUCAUGAUGCUGAAAGGAGACGGCAAAUAGCAUUAAGAGCUUUAAGUGAAAGACUGAAUAAAGUGGAACAAGUGUCUUGGCCUUCAACCCUUGAAGAAAUAAAAACAUCAGACAAAAGUAAGAGUGUUGGCAUAACUAUGCCUCCAGCAUUCUCAGAUCAUCAAAGUUCAUAUUUGGUCUCACCUACAACUACAUCACAAUCACAGAAAGAUAUUAAGAUAGAUAGUAUACCUGCUGAUCAUCAGCCAUUACAGCCAUCAUCAGUUGAACUAUGAUUUUUGGAAACUUAUUUCUUUAAAUAUUUUGAACUUAAUCCAACAAGACAGUUCUUAAAACUUAGUAAAAAUCAGAACAUAUGAGAUUUCAUUUAUAGAAGUCUGAAAUUCAGAGUUAAGAGGUUCCACUUGAUGGAUGAUUUUAAUCUCUUUGCUUUUACAGAAUAGCUAAGGGAAAAAAGAAAGAUGAUAUUUCUCCUUUCUGAUAAAACUUCAUUUGUUUUAAAGAUAUUUAUUGACUGUGAUUGUAGACUUUAUAGGCAGAAUUUAUUUCUGGAAAAAUCAUCUCACAUAAGUUUUUAUUUUUUAUUAUUGUUUGACAGUGAAAUUCUAAAUGCAGUUUUGAUUAGAUUAAAAAUAAUGUUUGAAAUGAAACAGAUGUUCUUUUUGAAAGUAAAUCUACUAUUGUUUUUCAUUUUAAACUGUAUGUUCAAAAUAAUCAAUGUAUUUUCAUUGAAUUAAAAAAUAGAAACUGUUGAAUGAAUAGUAAUACUUUGAAUUUUCACUGAAUUAAUCACUUUUAAAAAAUCAGCAACUAUUUUUUUUUAUUAUUCUUAAUACAGAUCAAUAAUUUGGCAAUUUUACAGAUCAAUUUGCAUUUGAAAAUCCUGCUCUAUAUUCAUUAAUAUUUUGUUAAAAAUAAUAAUUUAAAAUAAACUUGAAUUGAAUACAUAUAUAUGUAAUGAUAUUUUAAACUCUUAAUUUAAUCCAAACUAAUGUCCAAGAUUUUUUCUUAAUUUAGCUAAUCGUAACUUCAUUCUAAAAUAUUCUCUUAUUUCUUGAUCCAAUUUUCCCUUUCGGUCUGAUUAAUUCCUUUGUAAAAAUAAUGCACCAUUAGUAUUACAUAUCAAAUGAAAGUGAUAUCUUUUGUACCCUUCAAAAGAUGUCAAAGGUCACACUUGUAUUGAAUUGGCGCCUGGCCAGAAAUCCUAUGUUAUAUAAGACUAGCGAUCAUUUGUUCGUCCAUUUUGGCUUUCUGUUUUUAUGCAGUUCUGUGCCUUUUCGUAAAUAGUUAUGUUUGUCUCCCGGGAGAGAAGAGAGAGAAUAAAACGAAAUUAGAAAUACAAAGUCUCUUCACUGCUUGUUCAACCUGCAUUCUACUUAAACCAAAAAUAUGUUACAUAUUAUUUAGCCGACAGAAUUCGAAUUUCAUUACAUAUAUAUAUAUUAUUUUUCAAGGAUUAUUAAGAAUCAUUUUCUGUUUACUAGAUUAGCUCAAAUUUAUUGUGAAAUUAUUUUUAUGGGUAUUUAAAUAAAGAAAAUAGUUUUCUUAAGAAAUAUUUGAAGUUUUCUGCCAUUAACCCUUUCUAGGGCCGUGGGAAGUAUGCUUCCCACCAAAUUUAUCAAUCUUUGUAUGAAAUUAUGUAAGUUGGCAAAUUUUUUUAGCAAGUCAGAAACUUAGAUGCUUCAGUUCUUUAUCUCAGACAAAAUGAUGUGUCUUGAUUUGUUACUUAAUUAUUAAUUAACCAAAUUAAUUAAAUAAAUUAAAUUUAUCUAAUAAGCUAAAUGAAUCCCUUUUCUUAUUCUAAUUUGAAGCCUUAAAAUAUUUUAACUAAUAACAUAAUAUGACUAGAAAAAAAUGGCCCCUUAAAGGGUUAAGUGAAGGUACAAUACAUUUUGACAGUUUUAACACUGCUUCAUUAAUGCAGUGUUAAAACUACAAUUUAUAUUGAUUAUAUGCAUCUUAAGUUUUGUUUGCAGUUCAUUAAAUUUUUCUCUUUCAUUUGUAUGUUUACUUUUAUUGUAAUUUAUGUAUAACAUUAGCAACAUUAGCUAAGUAUAUUAACAUUAGCAAUCAAGUUGUAAAUACUUUCGAUAUAUUUAUGAACUACGUCUUCAGAGAUCCAUUAUUCAGAUUGAUAUGAUAAAAUAUAUGUUGUUAAAAAAGUACUUGUUAUUGAUUUUGAAUGUUUUUCAACAUAUAAACUUCGUUCAUUUGUUUCAUUAUGUUUGAGAAUCCAAAAAUCAUCUUUUGAGAAUAUUUUAAAUAAGAUUAUUUAUUAUUGUAAAAAAAAAAAAAAAUACAAAAUGCAUUGAACAUGAAUUUCUGCCUUAAAAAGAUUUCGAAAUAUAUAGAAUUUGUAUUUUCAAUCUUACUUUAUAUUUGAUGAAUUGAAUGCCUACCUUUGUUGAUCUAUUGUGCUUAUUUUUUGUGAUUUAGAAUAGCCUUCAUAUUUAGAAUUUGUGAAUAUAUGUAUUGCCCAAUGUUUCUUAAAAUAUUUAUUUUAUCUAAUUUUUGUUUAUUGUAUUUUUCAAACUUUUUGUUAAAUUCAAUUUAUACUGGCUGUUUAAGCUACUAAAAAAAUGUAAAGGUGUUCCACCCUCCAAUAGAUUUAUUGAAUAUGAAAUGAAAAUAUUAGCAUACACAAAAUUUGGAGAGUCUUAGGAAUUACUUUGUCACAAUAUAUUUAUAAACAAGCACAAAUGAAAAAAAAUAAUAUUUGCAAAUUAUUUCUCAUUAGCUAUAUUAAUAUAUUGUUGAUUUGUUGGGUUUAAUAUUCACUUAGUUUUUAAAAUACUUCAUUUUCAAAACUUAAAAGAAUUUCUACAUUUCAGCGGAUUCUAAUAUCAAUUAGUAAUGUUAACAUUGCUCAUAUCCAUGUUACAUCUGGGUGCUUUGAUUUUUUACUGUCUCAUAUACAAAGUAUAGAAGGAAAAAAACCUCGAGAUUUUGAUGUAUUUCCAUGUUUUAGAUCUUCUGGAGUUCUAAAAACAUAUUUUUGGAAGAUGUCUGUUUGUGAAAAAGGUAACUCAAAAAUGCUGUGAAUUAGAUGGAUGAAAAUCAAUAUAUGGCCUUUACAUUUCGGUAUAUGGCUCAAAUUUAUAGUUUUUCCUGUCAAAUUUUGAGCAAGAUUUAUUCAGAGUAAGUCUGUCUGCCCGAUUGUUCAAAUAUAAGUUAACACAAUAAUUAUAAAACGAAGGAAGCUAGAUGGAUAAAAUUCGGUACACAUAUUUAACAUCUAGUUGUAGACGCCUAUCAAAGUUGAGAAAAUUCAACCAGGAGUUGGAAGUUGUUGGUCUAUACUUUCAGAAGUAUGUAAACGCGAUUACUCAAAUAUGCAAUGAUUAAAUAUAUCAGAUUUGGUAUGUGAUGAUGUAACUGCAAUUAUAGUUCUGUGUCAAAUUUUGGUCUCAAUCAUUUAGGAAAAAAUGCAUCUAAAACACAAAUUUAUCUUUAUUAGAGAAUAUGUUAGAAAGUUUCGAGGUGACUGCUCUCGCUGGUUUUCUUAUUUUAAGUUACAGUUUUUAUAGCAAAUUUAAAGUUUAAAUUUUUAUUGUUUCCUUUCUGAUAUCUUUCACGCUAUUAUUGUUUUUGUUGUUACUUUUUAAAAAAAUAUAAUCUAUGCAUCAAUCUCCUUUGAUUUCAAUUCUUAGUUUUUAUCUGCUGGCUGUUUAAAAAAAGAAAGAAAACUAUGUUUUAACCCAAGGAAAUUCGGAUAAAAAUUAGAUUCAAAUUUUUAAUUCUUUUUCUUAUUAGAAAUAGUGAUGACUGAAAAAUUGAACAACUUGUUGCACUUUGUCUGAAAAAUAAUUGGAGCAUUCUUGAUUUUUUUUCUCUGAUUUUGUGAUUCAGUUAUUAUUAGAUGAAAAGGUUUAGCAUUUACUAAAGUGAAAAUUUGCAUGUACAAUUAAAGUCUGACCUUCUGCUGUACUGCUUUGCAUUUUAUUUGGAAAAGAUAAUAUUGCAGUAAUAAGGAAUCAAAAUAAUUAUUUGAAUUUCAAUUAUAGGAAUUUUUAAGAAAUAUUCAUAUUAAAUAUAAUGGUGUUUCAGAUUUUAUAGUAAUUACAGAACUUGAACUGGGGACAUGGUACUUGAUUCUGGAACUAAAUAUGUAUCUUUCAAAGAACAUGUAAAGAUAUCACUUUUUUUUUUGCCAAAAGUUAAGAUCUUCUCAUAGUUUGUAAUAUGUCUGUAAGAGGAUGUAAUAUUGUGCAUACAUAUGCAAAAUUGUGUAAAUAAAUAUAUUAUCAUAAACAUAUGAAAUUUUUGUAAGAUAUUUAAAAGAAAAAGUAAAUUUAAAAUUGAGUACAAAUAAUAGAAGUAAUAAGGUGUAGAAACUAUAAACAGCUCAAUUCAAUUUGCCAUGGCACUGGGAAAAUAAAGGGAAUUUUAAAGUCUUCAAUAAAAGAGGGAAAAUAUAGGGAAUUUUGAAAAUUUUCUUAAAAACCAAAAAAGUACAGAGAAUUUGAAAUUUAUUAGUUUUUGUCAUUUAAAAAAGGCUGAUUAUUUUAAAUACUGCAAAACUAAGAGAUUGCCAGAUCAUCAGCUCAGCUAAAUAAAGGGGGGUACUGUUAAACUGUGGGGGGGUACUGUUAAACUGUGGAAGCUUAUCCAUUUUCUACUCACUCCCCUUUCCUUCUGCAUUGAUCAGUCUAAAAAAGAAAAAAACAACGAUAUUGAAAUAGUGACAACAAGCUGCUUGAAUAUUAGUGGAGUUGAAUGUUUUAUAUUUGUGAAGAAUACACACAAAAAAUUAUCUGAAAUUCAUGUCCAAAAAUGUUGCUGUUUUAAAAGCUGAAUCGUAUUAAAUCCAUGUUUAUUAAAAGACAAUGCAGUAUUAUGUAAAAAUCGAAUAGUUGGUUUGGUUCAUAUGCACUCUAAAAUACAAAUUUCUGCUGCAUGUUCAUAAAGUGUAAAUAUCUUGUUUGUAAUUUUCCUGAAAAAAAAAAAAAAAAAGUGGAUACAAAGAAUAACUUGAUAAAUUUAGUGAAGAAAUUUACUUAAAUGAUUUGUAUUCUAACAGUUUGAGGUCAAAGAAUUUUCUGAUUUUUUGGGGGAAAUUAUAAAAAUAUUUCAUUUGUUGUAUAAUGGCAAUGUGGCCGUAGAAGGUGAAUUUAGUAUCAAGAAGGUUAUGAUUUUUGAAAAUCUCAAAGAAUAUUCUUUAAUUCAUCUAAGAACUGUGCAUGAUGCUAUAAACUUUUAUUAAAAAAAAUGUCUUAAACAAGAACUGUAACAAGAGAUUUGCUUCAUUAGGCAAAAUUAGUGUUUAUGAGGUAUUAAGGAGCUUUAGAAAAGCAGAAAAAAGAGCAGAGAGGAAAAAAAAAGUGAUAAAUACAAACUAGCUUUGUAUAUUAAAUUG